GCUGUCUCUUUAAGGGAGCUCGGUCUGGGGUGGCGCUUUCCUCCGCGAAGGCUCCUUUGAUAUUAAUAGUGUUGGUGUCUUGAAACUGACGUAAUGCGCGGAGACUGAGGUCCUGACAAGCGAUAACAUUUCUGAUAAAGACCCGAUCUCACUGCAAUCUCAAGCGUCCUCUUUUUGGUGCUGCUCGUUUCUCCAGACCCCGCGCCCUCUCGAUCGCUCUCUCGCCUUCCUAUUUUUUUUUUUUUUUAAACAAAAAACAACACCCCCUCCCCUCUCCCACCCGGCACCGGGCACAUCCUUGCUCUAUUUCCUUUCUCUUUCUCUCUCUCCCUCUUUCUCUCUCUCUCUUUUUUUUUAUAAAGGGGGGGAGGGAAGGGAAAGGGGGGGAGGCAGGAAAGACCUUUUUCUCCCCCCCCUCCCCCCCAAUAAUCCAAGAUCAACUCUGCAAACAACAGAAGACGGUUCAUGGCUCUGGCCGCCGCGCCACCAUCUUUCGGGCUGCCGAGGGUGUUCUUGACGAUUAAUCAACAGAUGUACAGAUCAGCUCUCAAAAUGUCUUCUGUGUCUUCCGAGCGUCUUCUAAGACAAUUGCAUUAGCCUCCUGCUAGUUGACUAAUAGAAUUAAUAAUUGUAGAAAGCACUCUAAAGCCACAUGCCUUAUGAAGUCAAUGCUGGGUAUGAUUUUACAAAUAUGGUCCGGAAAAAGAACCCCCCUCUGAGAAACGUUGUUAGCGAAGGCGAGGGCCAGACCCUGGAGCCUAUAGGUACAGAAAGCAAGGUGUCUGGAAAGAACAAAGAAUUUUCUGCAGAUCAGAUGUCAGAAAAUACAGAUCAGAGUGAUGCUGCAGAACUGAAUAAUAAGGAGGAACAUCGCUUGCAUGGCCAAGAUUCAUCCUCUAGCAGCAAGAAGGGCCCCAAAAGCUCCAGCCUGAGUGAGAAGGCUGGCUUCAAUUAUGAAAGCCCCAGUAAAGGAGGAAACCUUCCCUCGCAUCCACAUGAUGAGGUGACAGAUAGAAAUAUGUUGGCUUUCUCAUCUCCAGCUGUGGGGGGAGUCUGUGAGCCCUUGAAGUCUCCUCAACGAGCAGAGGCAGAUGACCCUCAAGAUACGGCCUGCACCCCAGCAGGGGACUCAUUGGAGACGAAGGAAGAUCAUAAGAUGUCACCAAAGGCCACGGAGGAAACAGGGCAGGCGCAGAGUAGUCAAGCCAAUUGUCAAGGCUCAAGCCCAGUUUCAGUGGCCUCCAAAAACCCACAAGUGCCUUCAGAUGGGGGUGUAAGACUGAAUAAAUCCAAAACCGACUUACUGGUAAAUGACAACCCAGACCCGGCACCUCUGUCUCCAGAGCUUCAGGACUUUAAAUGCAAUAUCUGUGGAUAUGGUUACUAUGGCAAUGACCCCACAGAUCUGAUUAAGCACUUCCGAAAGUAUCACUUAGGACUGCAUAACCGCACCAGGCAGGAUGCUGAGCUGGACAGCAAAAUCUUGGCCCUUCAUAACAUGGUGCAGUUCAGCCAUUCCAAAGACUUCCAGAAGGUCAACCGUUCCGUGCUUUCUGGUGUGCUGCAGGACAUCAAUUCUUCAAGGCCUGUUUUACUAAAUGGGACCUAUGAUGUACAGGUCACUUCAGGUGGAACGUUCAUUGGCAUUGGACGGAAAACACCGGAUUGCCAAGGAAACACCAAGUACUUCCGCUGUAAAUUCUGCAAUUUCACUUACAUGGGCAACUCCUCAACUGAACUAGAACAACAUUUUCUUCAGACUCACCCGAACAAAAUAAAAGCCUCUCUCCCCUCCUCUGAGGGUGCAAAACCUUCAGAGAAAAACUCUAACAAAUCCAUCCCUGCACUUCGAUCUGGCGAUUCUGGAGACUUGGGAAAGUGGCAGGACAAGAUCACAGUCAAGGCAGGAGAUGACACUCCUGUUGGCUACUCAGUGCCCAUCAAGCCCCUCGAUUCCUCGAGACAAAAUGGUACAGAGGCCACCAGUUACUACUGGUGUAAAUUCUGUAGUUUCAGCUGUGAGUCCUCUAGCUCACUUAAACUGUUAGAACAUUACGGCAAACAGCACGGAGGAGCGCAGUCAGGCUGCCUUAAUCCAGAAUUGAAUGAUAAGCUUUCCAGGGGCUCUGUCAUUAAUCAGAAUGAUCUAGCCAAAAGUGCAGAAGGGGAGCCAAUGACCAAGGCAGACAAGGGCUCUAGUGGGGCUAAAAAGAAGGAUUUCUCCAGCAAGGGAGCAGAGGAUAACAUGGUGACCAGCUACAAUUGUCAGUUCUGCGACUUUAGAUACUCCAAAAGCCAUGGCCCCGAUGUAAUUAUAGUGGGGCCGCUUCUCCGUCACUAUCAGCAGCUCCAUAACAUUCAUAAGUGUACCAUUAAACACUGUCCAUUCUGUCCCAGAGGCCUUUGCAGCCCAGAAAAGCACCUUGGAGAAAUUACUUAUCCAUUUGCAUGUAGAAAAAGUAAUUGUUCCCACUGUGCACUCUUGCUUUUGCACUUGUCUCCUGGGGCGGCUGGAAGCUCAAGAGUCAAACACCAGUGCCACCAGUGCUCGUUCUCCACCCCUGAUGUAGAUGUGCUCCUCUUCCAUUACGAGAGUGUGCAUGAGUCCCAAGCAUCAGAUGUCAAACAGGAAGCCAAUCAUCUGCAAGGAUCGGAUGGGCAGCCAGCUGUCAAGGAAAGCAAAGAACACUCAUGUACCAAAUGUGAUUUCAUUACCCAGGUGGAAGAAGAGAUUUCCCGACACUACAGGAGAGCACACAGCUGCUACAAAUGCCGUCAGUGCAGUUUUACAGCUGCUGAUACUCAGUCACUACUGGAGCACUUCAACACUGUUCAUUGCCAGGAACAGGACAUCACUACAGCCAACGGCGAAGAGGACGGUCAUGCCGUAUCCGCCAUUAAGGAGGAGCCCAAAAUGGACCUCAAGGUCUACAGUCUGCUCAAUCCAGACUCUAAAAUGGGAGAGCCAGUUUCUGAGAGUGUGGUGAAGAGGGAGAAGGUGGAAGACAAGGACGGGCUGAAGGAGAAAGUUUGGACCGAGAGUUCAAGCGAUGACCUUCGAAACAUGACUUGGAGAGGGGCAGACAUCCUGCGAGGCAGCCCGUCAUAUACUCAGGCAAGCCUGGGGCUUCUGACGCCUGUGUCCGGCACCCAAGAGCAGACCAAGACUCUAAGGGAUAGCCCCAAUGUCGAAGCUGCCCAUCUGGCACGACCUAUAUAUGGCCUGGCUGUGGAGACCAAGGGAUUCCUGCAGGGGGUGCCAGCUGGCGGAGAGAAGUCCGGGCCCCUCACCCAGCAGUACCCUGCGUCGGGAGAAAACAAGUCCAAGGAUGAAUCCCAGUCCCUGUUACGGAGGCGUAGAGGCUCGGGUGUUUUUUGUGCCAAUUGCUUGACCACAAAGACCUCUCUCUGGCGAAAGAAUGCAAAUGGCGGAUAUGUAUGCAACGCGUGUGGCCUCUACCAGAAGCUUCACUCGACUCCCAGGCCUUUAAACAUCAUUAAACAAAACAACGGUGAGCAGAUUAUUAGGAGAAGGACAAGAAAGCGCCUUAACCCAGAGGCACUUCAGGCUGAGCAGCUCAACAAACACCAGAGGGGUGGCAGUGAGGAGCAGGUCAACGGAAGCCCCUUAGAGAGGAGGUCAGAAGAUCAUUUAACUGAAGGUCACCAGAGAGAAAUUCCGCUCCCUAGCCUGAGUAAAUACGAAGCCCAGGGUUCAUUGACUAAAAGCCAUUCUGCUCAGCAGCCAGUCCUGGUCAGCCAAACUCUGGAUAUUCACAAAAGGAUGCAACCUUUGCACAUUCAGAUAAAAAGUCCUCAGGAAAGUACUGGAGACCCAGGAAAUAGUUCAUCCGUAUCAGAAGGGAAAGGAAGUUCUGAGAGAGGCAGUCCCAUAGAGAAGUACAUGAGACCUGCGAAACACCCGAAUUACUCACCACCAGGCAGCCCUAUUGAAAAGUACCAGUACCCCCUUUUCGGACUUCCCUUUGUACAUAAUGACUUCCAGAGUGAAGCUGACUGGCUGCGGUUCUGGAGUAAAUAUAAGCUCUCCGUUCCUGGGAAUCCGCACUACUUGAGUCAUGUGCCUGGCCUACCAAAUCCUUGCCAAAACUAUGUGCCUUAUCCCACCUUCAAUCUGCCUCCUCAUUUUUCAGCUGUUGGAUCAGACAAUGACAUUCCUCUCGAUUUGGCGAUCAAGCAUUCCAGACCUGGGCCAACUGCAAACGGUGCCUCCAAGGAGAAAACGAAGGCACCAUCAAGUGUAAAAAGUGAAGGUCCCUUGAAUGUAGUAAAAACAGAGAAAGUUGAUAGAAGUACUCAAGAUGAACUUUCCACAAAAUGUGUGCACUGUGGCAUUGUCUUUCUGGAUGAAGUGAUGUAUGCUUUGCAUAUGAGUUGCCAUGGUGACAGUGGACCUUUCCAGUGCAGCAUAUGCCAGCACCUUUGCACGGACAAAUAUGACUUCACAACUCAUAUCCAGAGGGGCCUGCAUAGGAACAAUGCACAAGCGGAAAAAAAUGGAAAACCUAAAGAGUAAAACCUUAGCACUUAGCACAAUUAAAUAGAAAUAGGUUUUCUUGAUGGGAAUUCAAUAGCUUGUAAUGUCUUAUGAAGACCUAUUAAAAAAAUACUUCAUAGAGCCUGCCUUAUCCAACAUGAAAUUCCCUUCUUUUAUUCUUUCUUUUGAUGAGUAGGUUACCAAGAUUAAAAAGUGAGACAAAUGGUCAGUGAGAAACAAACGAAAAAAAAAUGGAAGAUGGUAAAUAGUCAUGUUUUAGAACCUAGCAAGUCAGAACCAUCUUGGCGAAUGUGUACUGUGGAAACGGUCCAUAAGAAGUAUCUCCAGACUCUAUUAUGUUUGUAAAGGAAGAGAUCAAAGCUAUCUCGAAUUUGAAAGGGUUUACAGAUUAUGAUACUAAUGCAGUAUUGGGCUGGCCAUUGGUCCAUUUGUUCAUCAACCCAUAAAUUGUUGCCUAAAUUUAGAAGUAUCAUGAAAUCCUAGGCAGAUGAGGAGAAAUCUAAUCUCCAGGACAGUGAAAGGAAAAUGGCGCCUCUUACAUCAGUCUCCUCUCAUUGACGGUGUUUCGGAUUUAGACCUAGAAAUGUGAGCUGUGGUUAGGCUUGGUGAGAGAGCAGCGAGGAAAGUGACAGACGGUGGCACAGUGAUUUGGGCCAGCCCUGCCUGUACAUACACAUGCACACCCUCUCUGAUAUUUUUGUCCUUUAGAUGUUCAGAUACUCCUUUCAAAAACAGUCCUUUCAUUUGCAGUUUAGGUUCAUUUUGUCCCAAUAUAUAUGCCUUUUUAAAAACAGUGCCCUCAGUGCUUAUGUAGUAAUUCUUUUCUUUAGCCAGAUAUUCCUAUCUUGUAUGUGAUGAAGCAGUUUGGAUUUGUUUUUUUUUUAAGCCUCCUCUUGGUCACCGAUCUCACUUGGCACAUUGUAACUAAAGGGAUCCCCCUCAGUUCAAAAGAUUCGAUGGAUAUAAAAGUUCAGACCAUGGGCUUAACUUGUUCAGAAUACAUGGUAUUUCUCCAUAAGGUAACCUGCUGUAUUUUAUUUAUUUCCUUUUGGUUAAAUAUAAUUUCCAAACUUUGUGGCCAGGCAGCGUCUAAGGUUACGUUACCACAGACUGAUAGUUGGUAUAUGUACCAGUCACUCCCUUCAUUAGAUUUAUACAGGUUUAGUUAAGUAGCAUUAAAUAGGAUUCUUAGAAGUAUAUCUUCAUAGUACUUUUAAUACUUCAGGCUUUGUAAAACUAUCCAUGAAGGGAAAACUCCUCAGCAUAACUGCUCAGGGAAAUAGGGCUAAAUAACUAAACAUUAAAUAAUUGGUUAAAGGUGCUGUUAGUCGAGCCUCAAUGCUUGCUACAAGGAUGUAUGUACAAGGACUGACUUUAAUAAUUUGCAUUAUAUUGUCCCAACCAGUAGUUUAUUUUUUGCCACGGAGAUGUAGAAGAUAUUACAAGCUACUGGAUGCACUGUCAGAUUAACUUAUUUCAUUAAAGAAGUUGGGAGAACAAAUAGGAAAAAAAAAACUUAUUUUUCUAGUAAAUAUUAAUGUAUUACAUUUCAAAUAAUGGUGCCUGACAUAUUGAAUAAUUAUUUUCUACAGUGUACGUAUGCAACAAAGAUAUUCCAUCAUGCAUUAGAGUCAGUUCUGGCUCUGCCUAGCUGUUUACAUUUGCAAAUGUAGCAAACAAGGAAAUGAAGCAACUAUUUCUAUUGCGGUAGAUAUCUUUUGUGUGUGUGUGUGUGUGCAUUAAAGUUGUAAACGGUAACAUGAAACAAAUGAAAGUUCUUGAUAUAAUGGUAUGGAAAACAAGAAGGAAAUGAAAAUAUUUUUAUGCCUACUUAGGAAAAAAAAGGGUAGCACUAUUCAUUCCAAGUACUUUCUUUUUUUUAAUUUUUAAGCUCUUAACUCACAUUGUUAUGCUUAAAAUGAUAAACAUAUAUCCUCUUUUUAUUGCUUUGUCUAUGUUUCAGAUGAAACAUUUCAGAAAUUAUUUUGAUAAGUGCUGCUGGAACCCGCAGCACUGAUGUUUUUAUUGCGUUCUGUAGCCGCAUUUGCACUCAUUUUUACAUAAUUCCCAGUCGCUUUGUUAUUGUUUGUGUUUUGUUUGGGUUUUGUUUCUUUUUCCCAGUGCCAGGUCUUUGUUUCUUAAAGUUGGAUGGCAGGUAGAGUUCAACCAGUUUGUGACUGUCGUAGUGAAUGAAGUUAAAAUGUCUUUUUGAUGUGUUGUCAUUUCCAUUCUUGCAUUUUUUUUUGUUUGUUUUCAUGUAAAAAAAAAAAAAGGAGAGAAAGAGACAGAAAAAAGAAAUCAGGACUAAGCCUUCAGCUUCAGUUUCAUUUUUAAAGGGCCCUAUUCUGGUCUCACCUGUCCAGCUCUGAUAUUCACAUAAACUGAAAUGAGGAGGUGGAAUGAGAAGUUCUAACAUUCAAAUUAUGUGAUGAGAAUUUUAUCUUUCUUAGGAAUUUCAAUGAAUGCAUCUCAAAAUGUAUAGGCAGACUUGAGAGGUGGCCAUGAAAGAUCUCAGAAAGAGAGGAGAUUUCCCAAACAACGAAACAAUGUUUCAUUUUCAUUUUCUUAGUAAAAGGACUUAGUAACGAAGUGCACUGUGGCAAUCCUUCAGCAACAUUACACGUGGACUGCUCAAAUCAGUAAAAUGCCAGAAGUUUGGUUAACUUGGGUAUGACUUUUUGGGCAAAGCUACUCGGUAAACAAUUUCUCCAGUGUGUCGGACACAAACAGGUUGUUCAUUUUUGGCAUGUAUUCCUUCUGUUUUUUGUUUUUGUUUUCUUUUUUCAACUGAUUUUUGUUUUCUCAAGACAGACAUAGUAGUAACGAUUAGCAUUGGAAAAUACAUAUCACUAUUCUUGAAAUAUUUAUGGUCAGUCUACUUUUGGUAGAAUAUUCUUGGAUAGCAUUGACACGAUAGAUCUUCUUCCAUAUUCUUUUAUUAUUGAUUAUUUUAUUUUCAUUUUUGUUUUCAUUAUUAUACAUAUUUUGAUGGAGAAGAGGUUGGGCUUUUUUUAAAAAGAUGAAAACUUACUGUGACACUAAAAUACCCCCUGUUUUUUGACUUCUGAAAGCCUUUGUUCCAUCUCACAAAAUAUAUUACAAAAGUGGUUGGUUGUUAUUUUAAUUUGGUUUUAAGGUUUCCAAAUGAUUUUGCCUUAAAAUGUGCUAUUAAAUGAGCUAUUUAGGUACUUAUCCUUUUUUUUUAAGGACUUUCAAGAUGAUUUAGGAUUUUCCCCUCUUGGAAAAGGCUUCCCCUAUGAUGAAAACUAUAUGCCAGCUAAAAUUGUAUACCAUUGAAAAACUGUAAGUCUUUUGAAAUUACUUGUCUCUAUUUUGAAUCAAGUUUUGGGUCAAAUUUUAGGUCAGGACCAGCUCAUGCAUUCAUUCUUCCUUUUCUUACUCUUUCUUUCUUCCUCUCUCACCCAUAUAUUCAUACUGUUGUUUGGGAUAGAAAAAUCAUGAGCCAGCCCACCUUGGAAGGAUGUGGAUUGAGAGACACUACAGGACUCUAAGUGUAUGAGAAAAGGAUGGAGCUCUAAACCUUAACAUGUUAACUCUGUAGUUCAAAAGGAAAAGAGUGUGCCCAUUCUUUCUACAUGACAUAUUGAGAUGUUCUUUUAAAAAAUCAACUUUUAAGAUAGUGAUGUUUUAUUCUAAACUGUUCUCUUUUAGUAAAGGUAGAUUUUAGAAAACAAGCAUGGGGAUUCUUUUCUAAGGUAAUAUUAAUGAGAAGAAAAAAAAAGUGAUUAUCUUUAACAGCUCUUUGUUGAAGCCUGUGGUAGCACAUUAUGUUUAUGAUUGCACAUGUGCACAUAAUCUAUUAUGAUCCAAUGCAAAUACAGCUCCAAAAUAUUAAAUGUAUAUAUAUUUUAAAAUGCCUGAGGAUAUACAUUUUUCUCAAUAAAUCGAAAAGUAUCAAUACUGCUAUUAAAAUAAUUAUUAGCCUUCUGCUGUUGUGGCUGCAAAACAUCACAAGGUGACCUGUCUUGAGACUUCUGAACUGCCUGCCUAUUUAGUUAGUGAACAUUAGCGCAAUUCUAGAGUGGGGAUAUCUGUCAUCCAGUGGUGGAAACAUGGAGUAAAGAAGCUGGUGGUCAGUUUCUGUACUGUAUGCCAGCCUUUUCCCUACAGUUUACAUGAGCUCACGGUUUUUGGGUUGAGGGUCAUGGCAAAAAAUGCAAGGCAUCUUUGGUAAGCAAGUAGGUGAGAGCUUGCUGACUGUCCCUAGAUCACAGGAGAAAAUGGUGGACUUGAAAUUCAACCAGAAUAUGAAACAAAAUAUGCUAACCAAAGGUAGGUAGUGUCAGGUGGAAUUCUAUGAGUAGGCAGCUGUAAAUGAGAAAAGGUAGAAAGACAUGCAUUGGGACUUUGAAGGGCUGGGUUAUUUUCCAAAAGAAAGACUUGGCCAAGGGCAGAGGGAUGGCUUAUUUGGAGAGCACUUCCUUUUGGUUUUCCAUUACUGUUUCAUAGCUGAUUCACACGUUCCUGAUAGCGGUGCAAUUGUUGAGAAAUCAUCCACAAUUAUUUGCAGUAAUUAAGACCUCUGAAAGAUGCUAGGGCAGAAGUGUAUGAAGUCAGGAAUGAAGAAAAUGUGAAAUUCAACAUUGAUCCACACAUGGAAACUGGAUAAUUUGUGGUUCUCUUGAAAGGAAAGGUAGAGCUGUAAGCUUCACUCCGUCCUACACCAGAGAAAAGCGAGAGUAAUUUUACAUGGAAAUAACGUAUAGCCUUCAUCAGAGAAGAUGGUCCUUCAGGACCCAUAAGUCCCCAAACUGGAUCCUGAUUCUACCCCUGGUUGUUUUUCGUUAUAUGACCUGCAGCAAAUCACUUUUUCUUUUCGUUCCUCAGGUUCCUCACCUGUAAAAUGGAAAAAAAAUAUAUUAAUAAUAAUAUUAAUAAUAAUAAUAAUAAUAAUGGUAAUGUAGUACUUGUUUUGUAAAGCACUUUGAGAUCCUUGGUUGAAAGGCACCAUGAGAAUGCCAAGUAUUAUUAUAUGGCCAAGGGGCUUAUUUAAACUCUCAGUUCCCAAGGGCCAGAAAAGGUUGGGGUCAUGUUUCUUAAAAAGAUGAGCUGUAAAUAUCAUACCAGGCAGCCUAUAGUGUUGACUAUGAAGAGGCAAAACUAUUACAAGGCUGAUAAAACCAUAGUUUCUUAAUGGCUACCAACAAGGCAAAUAUCACAGUAAGAAAUGCCAAAUUCCUUAGGGUGGACUGUUUGACAACAUGGAAUUGGGGGGGGGGGUGGGACGGGGUUGGGAAACAUCUCAAAAUGCCAAUGUAAAAUUAACUUACAGCAAUAUUCACCAGCAGAAAAUGUCUUUCAUAUGGAAUGAUUUCAUGUUGCUAAGAAAAAAUUCAAUUUGUAGUCCUGAUUUGAAUAUUAGAAUGUUGGCUAUAAUAGUCUGUUCUUACAACACAUGGAAUUUUUUUUGUUUUAUUUAAUUUUGUUUUCAUAGUGCAUGUUCAUUUCUACUCACAAACAUGUUCUUGGUGUAUUUCUUAUGCAAACAAUCUUCAGGCAGCAAAGAUGUCUGUUACAUCUAAACUUGAAUAAUAAAGUUUUACCACCAGUUAUA